UUGUGUUUAUAGAUUGUUUUCUUCUCUAUGACUUGUGUUGUUGAGUACAGAUGAGGAGAUGAGUGAGGUUAUAAACAAAAACAAAUAGGUUUUUAGAAGGAAAAGUAAUAACGGCGGUAAAACGUUUUCCAAAGUGGAAUUGAUUAAAAAAAAUAGGGUCAUAUUUAAGAAAAUUCUAAGUAAAAACUACUUAAAAUGGAUCAAAUGCUUCCCAGUCCUGGGUUUAGUAUACCCAGUAUAGGUACUCCACUUCAUCAACCUGAAGAAGACCAACAAAUUCUUCCGAAUGCUUUACAACAGCAACAGCAAUCAAACCAACAAAAUCAACAGGUGCCUCCAUUAGCUCCAAUGGGGGGCUUAACACCUACCCUUGGACUUGGAAUGAGUAUGAAUAUUAUCCAGCAACCUACAAAAUAUGUACCUGGAUUCACUACACCACAAAGUAUGAUGCAGGCAACAACUCCUCAACAUUCCAUGAUGUCUUCGUCAAUGGUUAAUGUUGGAGGAUCAAAUAACUCAGUAACACCACCAAGUAUUGGUCCUGCAACACCAGCUCCAAUGACUCCACUUACACCUCAUUCUGCAGAUCCUGGCAUUGUUCCACAACUACAAAACAUUGUAUCAACAGUUAAUUUAAAUUGUAAAUUAGAUUUGAAAAAAAUCGCCUUGCACGCACGUAAUGCAGAAUAUAAUCCUAAACGUUUUGCCGCUGUAAUAAUGCGUAUAAGAGAGCCGCGCACCACCGCACUAAUUUUUUCUUCUGGUAAAAUGGUAUGCACAGGUGCAAAAAGCGAAGAAGAUUCUCGUUUAGCUGCAAGAAAAUAUGCCAGAAUAAUCCAAAAAUUAGGAUUCCCUGCUAAGUUCCUUGACUUUAAAAUACAAAAUAUGGUGGGAAGUUGUGAUGUGAAAUUUCCAAUUCGAUUGGAAGGACUUGUUCUUACUCAUGGUUCUUUUAGUUCAUAUGAACCUGAAUUGUUUCCUGGGCUAAUUUACCGAAUGGUUAAGCCUAGAAUCGUUUUACUCAUUUUUGUUUCGGGAAAAGUUGUUUUAACGGGCGCUAAAGUACGACAAGAAAUUUAUGAAGCAUUUGACAAUAUUUAUCCAAUUUUAAAAAGUUUUAAAAAGCAGUAAACAAUCUCUUUUAAAGAAAGUAUUAUUCAUAUUGAACACCCGACUUGAAUUGCGUUGCCUUUUCGUUUGAAUUGAACUGGCUAUUUUAAUGUUCAUAGUGUUUAGAAAAUCAAUUUGUAUAUAAAUAUACUAUUUAACGAAA